AUGGUCGAAAGGCUGACGCCCAUUUUGAAGAAGAAGGACACGAAAAUGCGGCUUGCACAAGAGGUUGGACUCAAGUUGGAGGUCACUCUCCGCCACCUGGCAAGUGGGAACGACUAUACAAGCCUCCAAUACAGCUUCAGAGUCUCCAAGAGUUCCAUUUGCCGGUUUAUCCCAUUAAUCUGCCGAGCCAUUAUCGACACAUACAAACCAGAAGUGAUGAAGUGCCCCAAGACACCAAAAGAAAGGAAUGAUGUAGCAAAACGAUUCGCCUCAAAGUGGAACUACUUCAAUUGUGUGGGAGCCCUGGAUUGGAAGCACGUCGUGAUCAAGAAACCUGAAGGUGGAAGAUCACUGUACCGCAAUUACUAG